CCUGCCCGGUUCCUCGAUCUAGGCACGAAUGGUGAUGAAUCCACCGUCAGCCUCGCAUGUUCGACCCAAACAGGGGCGCUGAUCUCUCCCAUUCGCUACGUGGCCCUCAGCCAUUGCUGGGGUUCGUCGGCCAGGCCACCGUUAAAGACGACCAAAGCGAACCUCGCCAGCCACAUGCAAGUAAUCCCGACCGCCGCCCUCUCUCGCACCUUCACGGAUGCAAUCCAAGUCACGAGAGCCCUCGGAAUCCGAUACCUGUGGAUCGAUUCGCUCUGCAUAAUCCAGGACGACGACGCGAUCUGGGCAGCAGAGGCCGUCAAAAUGGCUAGCGUCUACCGAAGAAGCUACUUCACCAUUGCGGCUACUUCGUCUUUGAGCGGCGACGGCGGCCUUUCCCUCGACGGCUCGGACCCAGACGCCUUGAUCCACGUGAAAUUUGACGGAAGCCCCCAACAAGAGGGGGUCGAGGCCUGCUCGAUCAGGUACCCCGUCGCCUCGCCCCGAGCGAUCUGGAAUGCGCCCCUGAGCGAGAUAGCAUGGGUGAUUCAGGAGCAGGUCCUCUCGGCCCGCCUCGUCCACUUCACAGAACAUCAAAUGUACUACCAGUGCCGUGUCGGAAUGGAGUCGGAGGACGGGACGGUGAGGUACCCGGAUAUUUCCAAGUACUCGUCGCGUCUCCUGACCUUUCCUUCGGACAGGGUGGCCGCCAUUGCCGGCUUGGUCAAGUACUACCAGGACACCACCGGCGGGACGCCGGUUCUCGGCUGCUGGGAGGAGACCUUGUGGUACGAUUUCGGCUGGAACGUCGAACUCGACGGCCGCAGCCAGAACCUCGCCGGCUGCCGCGCUCCAACGAAGUAA